AUGGUGCUGGUGGAGGUGAACGGCAGGUACUUGUCGCUGCCAAAAUGUGUGGCUAAGCAAGGAGUUGGGCGCUGGAACGCGCAGGCUGGCGUGGGCGAGGUGCUGCGCAUCCUGGAUUGCAGCUGUCAGGCCCGGACCGUUCCGGAAGCUUUGGCAGAGGUUCGUGGCUUUUGCAGUCUUGGGCACCACUUCUGGGCCUACGCCUACCUGCGGAUGCUGCACCACAAGAACCCGACUCUCUACUUUCAGACGCUCUUGGCGGAGCCUGCGUUCCUCAUGCCCAUUGUCUACACCCCAACGGUGGGAGAGGCCUGCCAGAAGUUUGGCACUUUGCCGUUCCUCCCGCGUGGCUGCUACGUGUCUUUGGCAGACCGGGGCAACGUCAAGGCGGUUCUGAAAGAGUACGCGGAUGCCAUGCUGCCCAAAGACUCACUGGGAAACCCGCAGUGCCAGUGCAUCGUGUUCUCGGACGGUGGCCGCAUUCUUGGCCUGGGUGACCUUGGGGCAUGGGGCAUGGGCAUCCCUAUCGGCAAGUUGGACCUGUACACCGUGUGCGGGGGCUUCGACCCGACGAAAACCAUGCCGGUGAUCAUUGAUGCAGGCUGCACGGAUGCCAGCGGCAACUCUGCAAAGCUCACCAUUCGGGAUCACGCCAUGUACACGGGCAUGAAGCAGAACCGCGUGAAACACACCUGCCCACAAGGCACGGAAGUGAACACUGCCUACUACGGUCCAGAAUCCUUCAUCGGUGAGUUCAUGACUGCAGCCAGAGAGCUCUUCGGCAGGAGUUGCCUGCUGCAGUUUGAGGACUUCAACUCCAAUGACGCCUUCCCCCUGUUGGAGGAGUACCGUGGCAAGUUCUUGACCUACAACGAUGACAUCCAGGGCACCGCUUCCGUGGCCAUCGCUGCAGUGCUGGGUGGCAUCAAGCUGCAAAAGCCAGGCUGCACCAACUUGCUCGGGGAACUGCAGGGCAUGCGCGUUCUCUUCCACGGGGCUGGAUCCGCAAACAUUGGCACAGCAGAUCUCAUGGUCAAAGAAGCCGGGGUCCCUCGAAGUGCGGUCAUGUUGACAAACACAAGGGGUGUGAUCUGGAAGUCCGCAGAUGGAGCCCAGGGCAACUUCCGAAAUGAUGAGCAGAAGUCUGUGGCAGUAGAAGGGGAGCCCCAGGGCUACGACCGCACAGGCCUGGUUUCAAUCAUCAAGCACCAUCAGCCAGACAUCCUCAUUGGAGCAGUCGGCCGCGCGCCAAACUGCUUCACGAAGCAAGUGGUUGAGGCAAUGAUGAGUGUCCAAGCCAGCAAGCCACAUGACGGACUUCGACCUAUCAUCUUCGCGUUGUCCAACCCAAUGACGCAAGCUGAGAUCACUGCGGAGGAUUGCUAUACGUUCUCAGAGGGUAAGGCCAUCUUUGGGUCAGGCACCAAAUUCCCUCCUGUGAAUGUGAACGGCGAGAUGCGGGCCCCCGGGAUGGUCAACAACUUCUUCAUCUUUCCCGGCAUGUCCUUCGGCUGCAUGUGCUGCGAAGCCAGUACCAUCCCAGACAAGCUCUUCAUGGAAGCCGCGGAAGCAGUGGCCAAUUCCCUUGACAAGGUCGACAUCGAAGGUGAUUCUGUGAUGCCCAACACCGGCCGCAUCCGGGAGGUCGGCCACAAUGUGGCGGUCGCUGUGGUCAUCGCUGCUCAGAAAGCUGGCCUGGCCCAGAAGAAGCUCGGGAACACGGCCCAGGAAGUUUCUGAGCAGCUAACAGCAAUGAUGUGGGACCCCCAGCCGGACACCUUAGCAGGCUGCAGCUGCGCCCUUGCCUGA